AUGUCCGAGGUUAUUCACCAUGUUCUUUCGGAACCUCCAAACUGGCAAACACGGACGAGGACAGAAACAUGGGUGAAGCUGGGGGAGAGGAGGAAGAACGGAGAGACUAGGCGGCCGCCCGCCGACCCGCGGACACCCUGCACCACCCUUGGGAGUUCUCGUUUGUUCCCCUCGUCCCUGGUACCCUCAAUACCGCAGAUGCUGGCAGGCAUCCUCCAGCCCCGGCAAAGAAUCGGUGCGGAGGAGUCGGGGGCGAUACCGAGGUGGAAGCUAGAGUAUGGAAUUAACCCGGCCUCUCUUCUAGUUCCAGGGGCUGAAGCAUCUCCCCUCCCUCUUCUCGUUCUCCCAGCCCUGACCGACCUGACAGCCUCUUCUGUCUCUUGCCAGUCCCCCCUGCCUCACUCUGGAACAGCCUGCCGCCUCCCUGGUCGCUGUCUCCGCUCUCAGCUCCGCAGUGGCCACAGUCGCCUGGCCAUCCCCCUCUCUGCACUCGCCUCAUUUCCCCUCCCGCCCCUCUCUGCUGGAGUGCUCUGGCGCCCACCCCUCGGUAACCGCGACCUUCGUGAACUUUGCAGACAGGGCUGUUUAUUUAGGUCACGCCGUGUGGAAGACAUACAAGAACCCGUUGCCCUGGGCACUGGCAGUGGCCCGCUACUGUGCAGCCCAGCACACAGUGAGAAGCCUUUCUCCUGCCCCAGUGUGGCGAGGGCACUGGCUGCCACUCCAGCCUGCAGCACCAGCAGCAGGACCACAGUGGGGACUGGCCCCACCACUGCGGCCAGUGCGGCAAGGGCUUCGGGCAGAGCUCAGGGCUGGUGCAGCACCAGCAAGUUCCCAGGGGCAACACUGCAGGCAGCUUCUGAUGCAACUCCAACCCGGCACAGCAGCACCAGGGCCACACCACGGAUAGGCCCUGCUGCUCUGGCCUCCGUGGCUGUGACUCCACUCAGAUUACCCAUCUGCCAUGACACCAGGCCUCUACAGUGCAGAGAGAGUGGAGUCAGAGCCCCUGUGGCAGCACCCCCACAACCCUGAAGCACUGGAGGAGGACAGAAGGGCAGCCUUGGUGACAGACGCCCUCCACCUGUGGGAGGCGUAACAGUGCACGGCUCCCGCCCCGCGCCCAGCCAGAGUGACUUUCAGAGCAGCCACAUGGGGUGGCCAGAGUGUCUCAGCUGGACCUACUUAAAGCUGGGAUGGCCAGGUCUACCUCGCUCUAGGCCAAAGUGCUGAUCUCUGAAGGAGCUCCCAGGCCUGGAAAAGACUUUUCUUAGAAAAGAAUCUGUAUGUGUGUGUGUGUGUGUGUGUGUG